UACCCCGUAAACGCGUUAGCAGCUGUCAAACAAGUGUCAGGUGGUCGUGAUAACGAUUGAUAGCGCGUUCAUCCAACAUCUCUUAUUAAAAGCGGAGUGUAAAGGUCGGGCUGCCUGCCGGCCGACGCCGAGCGACGUCCAAGGACACCGCAGUCGCUAUCUGCCGUAAAUCGCGUAGGCCGUGCUCUGCUCGGCUGCUCGCGCCCCACGGAACUCCGCGCGUGAACAGGUGUCGGUCGGCGCCUGCAUUGAUUUUUCUAUAUAAGCAGCUGGUAAAUAUUAGUUUUUGCUCACUUAAAUAAAUGAUACACCACUUCAUAGAGGUUACUCGGAAGAGUUCGUGACGUCAACACGUCUCACGUCUCCUCGGUUUACCAAGAGUGCGCAUGCAGUAGCGUAUAUAGCGCGAUGGCGCACGGUAGCAGCUGGGAGGAGUUCUUCGCGCUCCACCUGCCGCCGACGGACUUCGAGGACAACCGCUCGCUGCUGAAGGAGUUCUGCUCGCGGCACGCGCGGCAGGGCACGCGCAUCGCGCUGGUGACGUCGGGCGGGACCACGGUGCCGCUGGAGCACAAUACGGUGCGCUUCGUCGACAACUUCAGCGCCGGCACGCGCGGCGCCGCCUCCGCCGAGUACUUCCUCGAGCAUGGCUACGCGGUCAUCUUCAUGCACAGACACAAGAGCCUGGAGCCGUUCACGCGGCGCUUCAGCGCGCAGAAGCUGCUGGACAUGCUGGAGCUGACGGAGCGCGGGCCCAGCACGUCCAUCUCGGUGCGCGCGGACUCGGUGGACGUGCUGGCGCCCGUGCUGGCGCGCCACCAGGCGGCGCGCGCGGCCGGCGCGCUGCUCGCCGUGCACUUCACCACCGUCUCCGACUACUUCUGGCUGCUGCGCGCCGCCUGCGAGUGCCUCGCGCCGAGAGGGCCCCAAGCGCUGCUCUACCUCGCCGCCGCCGUCUCCGACUUCUACAUCCCGAAGGAGGUCAUGCCGACGCACAAGAUACAGUCGGACGGCGGCGCGCCGGUGAUUCAGCUGCAGCUGGUGCCGAAGAUGCUGGCGCCGCUGGUGUCGCUGUGGGUGCCGCGCGCAUUCGUCGUCUCCUUCAAGCUCGAGACCGACGAGGCGCUGCUAGUGCCCAAGGCCAAGGCCGCGCUCGACAAAUACAAGCACAAGAUCGUGGUGGCCAACCUGCUGCAGACGCGGCAGACGCGCGUGCUGCUCGUCACCAAGAGCGACACGCAGGAGAUCGUGCUCAGUCGCAGCGACCUGCUCGCCGGCGCGGACAUCGAGAUGGCGAUAGUGGGCGCGAUCGUGGCGGCGCACGACGAGCACCUGGAGACGGGUGGCGGCGGCGGGGUGGGGGUGGGGGUGGGCGUGGCGGCGCAUGCGCAGGCGGGCGCGGGGGGCGCGGUGGCGACGCCGCCGGUGCGCUGAGCCUCGCGCGGCCGCGCCCGCCGCCUCUACCUCACCGCGGACUAGCGGCCGCCACGAGCCACGCCACUCCACAUUGUGCACAGAAUGACACUUGACUGCUCUUUCUCUUGACGCUAAACUUUAGAUCGUUUUAAACGAAUGUAAACAUGGUGAUCAAAAUUUUGCUAACUAUUCGGAAAUUUGAAUUUAAAAUUGGUGGUGUUCGUAAUAUUGACGAUAAAUGAUAAUAUAUGCGGUGUAUUCGUGUCCCAAAUGUAAUCGUCUGUGUUAUAUGUAUUUAAUAGAGUAUCGUUAGUGCGUGUUGAUGAAUUUCAGUAGUGUAUCGUGUCAAAUUGCAACAGACAAUAUGUACAUAGUGUAACAUACAAUACA